AUGGCCGUAUCUAAAAUGGAUAUUCCCCGCAGAGCCCAACACUUUUUAGAAUGUGACAUCGAAGAAUGUGACAGGAACUGUGAGUUCUAUUGCAACCUUUGUCAUCAAAAAUUGUGCAAACAAUGCAGAGAUGAACAUCUGAAAAGUCCGGAAAACAAAAACCAUGAGGUGGUCCUUUAUCAGCAACGUCAAAGACAACUUCCUGUGGAGAAAUGCAAGAUCCACCCCACUAAAGGUAUGGAUAUGCUCUGUGAAGAAUGCCAAGUUCCAGUAUGUUCCAAAUGUGCCACACAGGGAGACCAUCGAGGACAUAUAUUUACCGACCUGGAGACUGUUUAUGCAGAAAAAUAUGCAGACUUUCAAGAGGAAAUUUCCAAGAUCCAUGAGUACUUUCUCCCCACAUCACAAGAUUUACAGAAAGAAAUUAAAAAAGAUUCCUCAGAAAUCAAAAACAUUAUGGACAACAUUAGAACAUCCAUGAAGACUGAAGGUGAAAUCCUGAAACAUCUGGUGGACACAGCCGUUUCUGAGAACAUGAAGCAGUUAGACAAGAUAGAGCAAUCACUCUUAGAAGAUCUAAACAUCCAAGAGAAGACUAUGGAUGAUUACAUCACUUAUCUUAAUAACCUUGUCAAAGAGCUCCACUUAUGCCUGUCCUCGACAGAACCCCAGAAAUUAUUGUCUGAGAAGAAACCAAAGAUCCAAUCCAUACCAGAGACAACAAAACCAGUCACACCAGGAUUUACUGCUGGUCAAUACAGCAAAAGUGAUGUCACCAAAUUACUUGGUAAAAUACAUGUCCCCAACACUAAAGCAGAGAAGAGAGAAAUAAGGCCCAUUCAAACUGUCUACAAUACAGCAAUGAAGCCUAGACAUAAACAGAUGAAAGAAGACAGAAAGAAAUCUGACAAGAAACAAACACUGUCUCUAUCUGCCUCUGUCACCAAGGUCAGGGAGUUCAAUGUACCAGGUGUGAAGAAUGUAUUCCACAUAUCAGUUUAUCAAUCAGACAUCUUUUUGUUCAGUGACAACGAGGGUAAUCUUGUCCAAACAGAUAUACAGGGAAAUAAGAUACAGAAGAUAAAAACCAGAGGUGGAGUUGGAGGUUACCAUACAGUCACACAGGAUGGGGAUCUGAUCUUUACAGGCAAAUACACGAAUGUCAUCAAUAGGAUAACACAGGAUAAGAAUGUCACUGAAUUCAUUAAAACUGGAGACUGGAGAUCACUCAGCAUACACUCCUCUCACAUCAACGGGGACUUACUGGUGGGGAUGGAGAAGGAUGGAAAGGGUAAAGUCACCAGGUACAACAAGACAGGAAAAGAACUACAGAACAUACAGAGGGAUAACAAAGGACAGGGACUGUAUGAUACACCACACUACAUCACAGAAAACAUCAAUGGAGAUAUCUGUACAUCAGACAUUAAUAAAAGAGCAGUAGUGGUGGUGAAUAAAUCAGGACAACACAGGUUCUCCUACAAAGGUCAGAAUCUUACGUCACUGUUAAAUCUUUUUUAUGAGUUCCGUCCCUUUGGAAUCUGUACUGAUGUCCUCGGACACAUCCUUCUGUGUGAAUUUCAGAGUGACUUUGUUCACCUCCUUGAUCAGGACGGUCAGUUCUUGUAUAUAUUACUGACAAAACAACAAGGGGUAGAAUAUCCCCUUAGUGUGUGUGUGGAUGAUGAGUACAAUCUCUUAGUAGGACAACGAGGCACCAACACACUGACAGUGUACAAGUAUCUCCAGUGAUUCUCAUUCUGUCAUAAACACACAGCAUGAUAUAUUGAACUUAAAACAAUAACGCUAAUGGUGCUUAUAGCCAUUAUUUUAGUACAUGUACUUUAUAUAUCCAUUUUUGACAUUAUACUGUUAUAUUGUUGGUCAUGUGCAGAUACCCGAUGGGCGAGGUCAUGGUGACAUGAGGGAGCUACUCUUGUGAGAAAAAAAACAAAUAUAGUGGGGCUUAUUUCGAGUUUAGCGUUUCGUAAUUUUGACAAUAUUGGAUGUUAGAGACUUAACUGUAAUCAAGUUAUUGGCCAAUUGAAGGGAAAUGAAGUAAAAGGGUAAAAUGAAGAAACGAAACACACAGAGGAAGAAAUUUCAUGUGA